UUCUCAAAUACAACAAGCAGUGCAGCUGGCAAAGAGCAGCUGGCAUAUGAGUCUGGAGAGGAUGAGGAUGAUGAAGAGGAGGAGGAAGAGGACUUCAAGCCUUCUGAUGGGAGUGAAAAUGAAAUGGAGACAGAAAUUCUGGACUAUGUGUGAACUCAGUGACCAGUAUGACUGCUGUUGGACAGAAUCUUCUCUGCUCUUGUUCCUUGAGAGCUGAGGGUUCAGCCACCAUGCCCAGGAUGUGGGAAAGCAGAACUUGUACUAAGAUGAUGACGAUCUCUCUGCACCGACUGCGGUGCCUGCUGAUGGCUGUCAUUCUGGAUGUUUGGGAGCCAUUGCCUACAUUUUCAUAAUUGCUGGCUAAUAAGCCCUCAAGCAAGCUCAACAAACUCCCAAGAAAGAGCCCAGAAUCCAAGCCAUACACCAGAGAAGAGGAGAAGUUGCAUUCCCAAAUGUCUCCAUGUGUGCGAAGUGCACUUUGGCCAGGUUGGUGGCCACGUGGACAAUAGAAAAGGUGCCUGAGGAGGUGCUGGGGGAAGUACUCCGGUGCUACUGGAGUCCCUAAGGCAGGUGCUGCCCUUCUGCUUGUCUAAGGGCAAUGAAAAUACUGUGUCAUGACUUCAGCAUUGAGCCUUGCCGGUAAUCUUGGAAAUAAAGCCUGCAGGAAAACACACUUUCUGGCAGUGAAUAAUUCCCUUCUGUGGGAGGUAGCGUACGUUGUCCUCACUAGCUGAUGCACUUCUCAAUUCUGUCUUGACUUCCCCAGUAGUUAGCAAGGACUGAAGGAAGCAGGCAGUGGGGCAAAGCUUCAGGUCCACAGAGGUUGGCCGCUCUGGCCAUCAGUCUGCCACUGCUGGCUGGAUUGCUACCACCCUGUCACAGAAAUGAAGGCUCUGCUGGCACUUUCUGAGCCUUGUGCAUUCCCCAGUGUGUUACAAGUGCAAGGUUUCUCAUUUGUGGCCGAUAAUAUGCUCUAAUGCAUGGUUUAAUACGAUUUCAGCCUCCUGCACUUGUGUGAGGCUUCUCAAGGCUUCAGCAUUUUUUUAUGUUCUGUGGAGUUUUGUUAGACUGAGAUAUUUCCUUAGGUUUGGCCUCCAGCCCACAAAAGCAACAUCUGCAGGGCUCUCACACAGUGACGCCAGUCUGCCUCAGCCAUGGUUUGGCCUCAGCCUACUGAAGGACAAGUGUGUAGAGGCUGCCCUAGUUUACCUUAGAGCCAAGACUGGGUCAUGGCAUUGACACACAGCUGCACUCCUAGAUAUAUAUAUGUAAGCCUCCAUGUGGGAAUUGGCUCCUCAGGUGUGCACUCACCAUGGCUCGCUGGGAGAUCCUGUGCUUUGCCUUGUGCUCCUACCUUGGGGUAGCAUGGGCUGCAACCCUGGGUGUGGUGUACACCGAGGGCGGUUUUGUGGAAGGCGAGAGUAAAAAACUGGGACUCUUUGGGGACUAUGUCGACAUCUUCAGAGGGAUCCCCUUUGCUGCCCCUCCAAAGACUCUGGAAGACCCCCAACCUCAUCCUGGCUGGGAAGGAACACUGCAGGCAAAAGAAUUCAAAAACCGCUGCAUUCAGAUGACACUUACACAAACUGAUGUCCGUGGAAGCGAGGACUGUCUCUAUCUGAACAUCUGGAUCCCUCAACAGAGGAAACAUAUCUCUACCAACUUGCCAGUGAUGAUCUGGAUCUACGGUGGCGCCUUCCUUGUAGGAGGGAGCCAGGGAGCCAAUUUCCUCAAUAACUACCUCUAUGAUGGCGAGGAGAUUGCUGUGCGGGGCAACGUGAUCGUGGUGACCAUCAACUAUCGCCUGGGGCCCCUAGGCUUCCUGAGCACUGGAGACGCAAGCAUGCCAGGGAACUACGGGCUGAAGGACCAGCACAUGGCUAUUGCCUGGGUGAAAAGGAAUAUCAAGGUCUUUGGGGGUGACCCAGAAAACAUCACCAUCUUUGGGGAAUCAGCUGGUGCCGUCAGUGUCUCCUUGCAGAUGUUGUCCCCAAAGAACAAGGGCCUGUUCAAGAGAGCCAUCACCCAGAGUGGUGUCGGUCUCUGCAGCUGGGCCAUCCAGAAUGACCCGCUCUCCUGGGCUAAAAAGAUUGCACAACAUGUGGGCUGCCCCAUAGACAACACCACCACCUUGGCCAACUGCCUGCGCGUCUCCGAUCCCAAAGCUGUGACGCUGGCCUACCACCUGCAGCUGACCAACCUGCCCUCUCCCCUGGUUCACACACUUGCCCUCACUCCUGUCAUCGAUGGAGACUUCCUCCCAGACAUGCCAGAGAACCUCUUUGCCAACGCUGCUGACAUUGACUACAUUGGUGGGAUCAAUAACAUGGAUGGACACAUCUUCGCUGGCAUUGAUUUGCCUGCUAUCAAUCGCCCAUUGGUGAAAAUCACUGCGCAAGAGGUCUAUCAUUUGGUCAAAGGACUUACUGUGGACAGGGGCGAGCGUGGAGCCAAUGCGACAUACAACCUCUACACACAAGUGUGGGGUGACAACCCGGACCAGGAGGUCAUGAAGAGGACAGUGGUGGACCUGAUUACUGACUACAUUUUCCUGGUUCCCACACAGUGGGCACUGUAUCUGCACCUGCAGAAUGCCCGGAGUGCCAAGACAUACAGCUACUUGUUCUCCCAGCCAUCCCGAAUGCCCGUCUACCCAAGCUGGGUAGGGGCAGACCAUGCUGAUGACCUGCAGUACGUGUUUGGAAAACCCUUUGCCACCCCUCUGGGCUACCUGCCCAAGCACAGGACUGUCUCAAGUGCCAUGAUUGCUUACUGGACCAACUUUGCCAGGACAGGUGAUCCCAACAAAGGGAAUUCGAAGGUGCCCGUUGCCUGGCUGCCCUACAGCAAUGAGAGCAGUUACUACCUGGAAAUCAACAGCAAGAUAAACCAGGACUCUCUGAAGCAGAAUCUGAGAUCCCGGUACGUGAACUUCUGGAACACAGUCUAUCAGAGUCUGCCGCAGGUUGCCAACAUCUCCCUGACCGAGGAACUGCUGUGAAGCUAAGAAAAAAAACCACCUUUUGGAAA